UUGUGUAUCCAGACAGCCUGACGGCUCCCUCGUUCGCUCACACCCAGCCACGAGCCAGCCAGCGAGGGCAGCGGGAGGCAGAACCACAGCCCGCCCAUGCAAAUCAGCCCCGGGAGUGCAGCGGGGCUCCUCCUGCAGCUCCCGGGCAAUGCUCCUGGGGAGGCGAUGGGCAAGAUGCAACCUGGGGCGCUGUGCCUUCCUCCUUGUCCUGGCCCUCCUGAUCGAUGCGGUGGGUCUGGUCCUUCUGCUGCUGGGUAUCUUCGCCUCCCUCGACUACUGGGACUUCUUGGUCUACACAGGGGCACUGAUCCUGGCUUUCAGCCUCGUGCUCUGGAUCAGCUGGUACUCCUUCAACAUCGAGGAACCUCUUGAGAAACUGAGCUUGUAGUUUGGCCAUGGCAGAGGAGGAGGGACGCAAGCCCUAUGGCGACCUGACUCUGUACCUGGGGCUGUUGGAGGCACGGGGACACGCUGCCACUCCCACACGGAGCACCCCAGCGGGGACGAGGUCCCGUCGGACGGAGGAGCGUCAGAGCGGGAAGAUGCCACUCUUGGCCACACAUCCUUUCCUUGUAUCCAGGAGGAAGCAGAGGCUGCGAGGCAGAGGCUUCCAAAGCACCUGCUAGGAUGCCCAUGCGUGGCAUGAAGGCUGGGCUUCUGGAAGGUUCCGGUCUCCAUCAAGAGUCCAGCGCCCCUGCACCAUCCCUGCACCAUCCCAGGUGCUCCAGGACAGCCUGAGAAGUCCUUGCCCUGGGCAUUCUGAUGGAAGCAAGCUUGUCGGGGGCUUCGAUGCCCUGAGAAGUCCCGUCCCCUACUGCUCCUCUUGCCAAUGUCCCAUUAAAGACUAACAGUCGGGGAAGUCCAAAUGGGGUCUCCUGCAGGCACACACCACGCUGUGUUAUUGCUGCUUUCCCUCUCCGGCUCUGGGGACAGGCCGUGCGAGCCCCUGCAGGGCUCUGCCUCGUCCAUCUCUCGGGGCGGUCCGGAGCACCCACGGGGCGUACUAGAACAUGCAGUUGCAAAAGCAAAGCACAGGGUAAGCCACGGACCGGUGGCUGCCCUCCUCGGGGCCGGACACUGUUUAUGAUUCGUGCGACCCUGCCCGUUUGCACAGCCACACUGCCAGGGGCUCCUAUCAAGCUUUUAGUCAAGGGAAGCCCUCCUCCGGGUGAUUUUCUGGAGGUGAGUGAGCUCCUGCGUGCUGUCCAUGUGCUAUUCACUUCUUGAUCCCACGAGCGGGACCCUAUGUUUAUCUUACUCGACUGCAUCCAGUCAAACGCAGCCCGGCCCUGGUUACCUGUGAUGGUCACCUUUCAGCUUGCUUCCAGAGGCUAAGCAGACCUGCCUGCGCUUGUCCCCAGUGCUUCGCCUGCCUCGAUAACUUAUAUUUCCCCUGUCUAAUUUUGUACUUUUUAUUUAUAUUUAACCUCAAAAAAAAAAAGUGUACGUGUUCUCUAUAAGCUGCCUCAGAUGUUUUGGGGUGUG